AUGAAUAUGCUUGUCGCAGUUUUGGUGCUGUUAUCAUGCCUUGGCCCUUCCACGGGUCUUCUUCAUCGAAAACCUCCCUUGCCGGAAAAUACUGGCACGAUUGUGCAACAAGUUUCCCGAAGGUCGGCAAUCACUGCAAUCCCUUAUUCAGCUGCUGCAGUUCUGUUUCUUAGCAUCACUGAUGAAGCGAAGGCUGCUGGUCCCAAUGGAUUACCCCUGCAGACUGCGGCUUCGGGUUUGAAAUGGGCCGAUGCUAAAAUGGGGAGUGGUCAACCAGUUCAGAAUGGCGCAUCGGUAUCCAUCGACUAUUCCAUGGCUUCUACAGUAGGUCGCCAACCUCAGAUUUAUACCACCAAGGAUAAGGGGACUCCUUACCGCUGGAAACUAGGUGAUGGCAGCACCAUUCCAGGCAUUGAAGAAGCGAUUAUUGGGACAAAAGAUGGAGAAGUUCCUCCAAUGUUACCUGGAGGCAUCCGUCGUGUUGUGAUUCCGGCCAAGCUUGGAUACGAAUCCAUCCUUUCGGAAUCAUCUCCCAAGUGUGUGGAAGGUCAAGACAUUGGUCCGAUUCCACCAAAGAGCAAUUCAGAUGGAGGAUACCAACGAUGGUAUCAGUUCUACUGCAACCCACGGAUCCCUUAUCAACCAGACAUUGUCAUGGAUAUCAAGCUAUAUGGCAAACGAACUCAAUGA